AUGUGUGUGCUUGAGACACAUAUAGAGAGUGAGAGGAAGAGGUGUGGAUGUUUUAAUGACCUUUUGCAUUUUUACAAAUAAGUGUGAAGUGUGCCACGACUCUAUACGUCACCUUUUUUUCUGAGCUACUGCUGUUGUGUACAUGGUUAGAAGCAUGAAGAUGUUUACCUGCAGGAAGCUGAGAUACAUACAGUAGACAGAUGGAGACAUUUAGGGGGGGAGAGAGACCAAAUAAGAGAAACAGAGAGAGAGAGAGACCCUCAUCAUCUGUGUUGCAAAUGUUGCACAUGAGCAUUGGGGGGAGGUUGACUGUGUUGCGAUUAACACGCUCCCUCAGCUGGGUGUUCAUUUCAAGCUGCAGUACUAUAUCCUCAAGUCUGAACCCUCGGAUGAGGGUCAUUUGCCAGAGGAGGAUUUUUUUUCUGCCUCUCUGUUUUUUAUACUUCCUUCUUGGGCAGAAGGCUGGUGUAAUAGAAACCAGACACAAGCCAGAAUGUGAGGCAUUCACAGCGGUGAGACCUCACUUCUUCACAGAGUGGGAAAACAGGAUAAAUAGAAAGUCUAGUCUAAUAAGCUCCGCCACUGGUUCUCGUUUUUAAGACGGAAAAAGGCCAGGACAUUAGGAUGGAGGUGGUAUUCCAUGGAUCAGACUGUGCAGGGGAUAUCUAGAGAGGGCAGAGGAGACCUUCAGGAUGGGAAAUGCAUGUGCAACUUUUCCAGAUUCUAGUUGAAAAGCUUGUUAGAGCAACAUGAGCUGGAGCUUUCUCACUCGUCUCCUGGAAGAGAUCCACAACCACUCCACGUUCGUGGGGAAAGUGUGGCUGACAGUGCUCAUCAUCUUUCGCAUUGUGCUCACAGCGGUUGGAGGCGAGUCCAUCUAUUCGGACGAGCAGACCAAGUUCACCUGCAACACCAAGCAGCCAGGUUGUGACAAUGUAUGCUACGAUGCCUUUGCCCCUCUCUCGCAUGUCCGCUUCUGGGUCUUCCAGAUUAUCAUGAUCUCCACUCCUUCUAUUAUGUACUUGGGUUACGCCAUCCAUAAGAUAGCCCGAAGUUCAGACGAGGAGCGCCGGAAGCACCACAGGCUCCGCAAAAAGCCUCCUUCUCACACACACAGAUGGAGAGAGAGCCACCAUCUGGAGGAUGUCUUAGAGGAGAAUGAAGAUGACGAUGCAGAGCCCAUGAUCUAUGAGGAUACAUUGGAAGUCCAGGAGGCAAAGCCUGAACCAGUGAGCAGCACUAGCAAAGGCCCACCAAAACAUGAUGGCCGCCGAAGAAUUAUGGAAGAAGGCCUGAUGAGAAUCUAUGUCCUUCAGCUCAUGUCACGAGCUAUUUUUGAAAUCGCUUUCCUUGCAGGACAGUACCUCCUAUAUGGUUUUCGAGUUAGUCCUUCAUAUGUGUGCAACAGGGUCCCCUGUCCACACAGAGUGGACUGUUUCAUCUCCAGGCCCACAGAGAAAACAAUCUUCCUCCUCAUCAUGUAUGUGGUAAGCUGUCUUUGUCUAGUGCUAAAUGUGUGUGAGAUGCUGCACUUGGGAAUUGGCACCUUUCGGGACACGCUUCGCAUGAAGAGGAACCAGGGCCGACGGACGUCAUAUGGAUACCCGUUUUCUCGCAACAUCCCAUCCUCCCCACCGGGGUACAACCUUGUGAUGAAGACAGACAAACCUAGCAGGAUCCCCAACAGCCUCAUCACCCAUGAGCAGAACGUGGCCAAUGUGGCCCAGGAGCAGCAGUGCACCAGCCCAGAUGAGAACAUCCCUUCUGAUUUGGCAAGCCUACACCGGCACCUACGGGUCGCUCAAGAACAGCUUGAUAUGGCCUUUCAAACAUAUCAGACCAAAAACAACCAGCAAACCUCCAGAACCAGUAGUCCUGUAUCUGGGGGCACCAUGGCAGAGCAAAAUCGAGUCAACACAGUCCAGGAGAAACAAGGAGCAAGGCCGAAAUCAGCCACGGACAAGGCUGCAACCAUUGUGAAAAAUGGAAAGACGUCUGUCUGGAUCUAGAGAUAAAUCAAAUUUAGUAAAUUAAUAUUAAAAACUCUUUAGACUCCGGAACUGCACUGUGACACAGCUGGAGGAUGUGUGUGUGUGAGAGAUGCGACCUUGGACAAUAACAACUGAAAAUUUCAAUCACACAAGGAAUUCAGUACAUAGUUUUAGGGAGUAAAAAAAAAACCACACGUGAAGAAAUGAUCAAAUCCAGUAUCAUAAAUCUUCUUUGCUUCUGUGGUGUCUUUUUGUCCUUGCCACAGCUUUUGGACAUGGUUAACAUGCGCUUAUUUAGUUAAACAUCUCUAAUUCCAGCUAAAAUGUCAAAGUAUAAACAGACUGCUUUGAGCUAUUUAUCUGAUCUACCCUUGACUGCCAAUGAACUGGAUUAAUUUGAAGAAAUCUAACUUUCAGAAGUGUAUGAUUAUACCAAAUUUCAAUCCAAAUUUGAAAAUGCAGUGAAAAGAAAACACUGUACAAAUGCACAAUGACUCAUUUCUGAAGAACGAUGAUUGUUGAUGGAAAGAUGCAUGUUUGAUAUUGGGGGAAGUAUUUUUGGAUGUAGUGUGGAUGAGAAGAAAAUUAAAUGUGAAAUUUUUUGAUAAAGGUAAUGAAACAAGGCUGUGUCACUGUAGGCUAUUUUGGUAAACAUCAGCUUAGCGUGAUGAUCUCUUCAGUUGUUGCGUGCAAAGCAUUUAUCUAUUCUAUAUUUUCCAAAGCCUUGCAGUGUCACAUUUGAUGGGAUAGAAGCAAGUGAAUAGAAAAUCUGAUUAUUUUCUUUACUAAAUACUGAUUUUCUGCAAUCUGAAGCAGAUGAUGCAUGCUUUACAUCUGGGAACAUAGAGUAUACACAUAGGCUACAGUAGAAACCCCAUCCUUAGCUAUAUAAUCUUAUGUCUAGGCAUGUUAAGUUUUUCAUUCAUGUCAUCAGAGCAGUAUGUUUUCUAAAAUAUUUAAUCCUGCCUUCACUGUUGUCAUACUUCAAAGUGCCUCAAACUUUUAAAGACUGUUCUAGUAUUUUAUUCAUGAAGAAAUAAACUGAUUUGAAACCUCUGA